AUAAGCCCCACAAUCCCAACUAAACCAAGAUUAUUUGUCUGAGAGAGAGAGAGAGCGCUCUGAUCAAGUGACUGACAGUCCAUCAUAGGCGUAAUUUUCAGAACCAAAAAUCAGAGCUAUCCAAAUCAAAAGCAAUCCCAAAAGCAUCGAUCACACAUGAUCCACACUCACAAUUCGUGCUCUUUUCCAAACAGACCUUUAUCAUAUAGCACUCCAAAUUACACACAAUCUCAGUAGUACUACUGCCACUAGUACUACUUGCUGUAAUAUUCUCUUUCGAAGCCCAAGGAUAAACAAAAUCCUAAUUAACCAUGGAUAGGCUAUCCUCGGGGUCGGAAAAUGGAAUGGCGUGGGAGCAGGGGAAGGCGCCGCUGAUAGUGCCGGUGCUAAGGUUGAUGGUGGUGGUGUGUUUGGCAAUGUCUGUAAUGCUGUUUCUGGAGAGAGUUUAUAUGGGGAUUGUUAUAGUCGGGAUAAAGUUGCUGAAGAGAAAGGGAGUGAAGAAGUACAAGUGGGAGCCCAUGAAGGAAGAUUUGGAGCUUGGGAAUGGAGCCUACCCCAUGGUUCUUGUUCAAAUCCCCAUGUUCAAUGAGAAAGAGGUUUAUCAGCUAUCAAUAGGAGCAGCAUGUGGCCUUUCGUGGCCGUCAGAUCGAAUCGUAAUUCAAGUUCUUGACGAUUCAACAGACCCUACCUGCAAGGAGUUGGUGGGGGUGGAGUGCAGGAGGUGGGCAAACAAAGGAAUAAACAUUAAGUAUGAGAUAAGAGACAACAGGAAUGGGUACAAAGCAGGGGCCCUCCAAGAUGGAAUGAAACAGAGCUAUGCCAAGUAUUGUGACUACGUGGUAAUAUUUGAUGCUGAUUUCCAACCCGAAGCUGAUUUCUUGUGGCGAACCAUUCCUUAUCUUGUCCACAACCCUGAACUUGCCCUUGUCCAAGCCCGCUGGAAAUUUGUGAAUGCAGAUGAGUGUUUGAUGACAAGAAUGCAGGAGAUGUCAUUGGAUUACCACUUCACAGUUGAGCAGGAAGUUGGUUCAGCUACUUACGCCUUCUUCGGCUUUAAUGGGACUGCUGGUGUAUGGAGGAUUUCUGCACUCACUGAGGCAGGAGGAUGGAAGUCCCGUACAACGGUGGAGGACAUGGAUCUGGCUGUAAGAGCUAGUCUUAAGGGCUGGAAAUUUGUUUAUGUUGGUGAGCUCAAGGUGAAGAAUGAACUGCCAAGUACUUUCAAAGCCUACCGUUAUCAGCAGCACAGGUGGUCCUGUGGCCCUGCCAAUCUCUUCAGGAAAAUGGCAAUGGAAAUUUUACGAAACAAGAAAGUCACUCUGUGGAAGAAGCUUUAUGUGAUCUACAGUUUUUUCUUUGUUAGGAAGAUUGUUGCCCAUCUUGUCACAUUCAUCUUCUACUGUGUUGUUAUGCCCGCAACCGUUUUGGUUCCUGAAGUUCAAGUUCCUAAAUGGGGAGCUGUUUACAUUCCUUCUGUCAUAACUAUUCUCAACGCUGUCGGAACCCCAAGGUCACUGCACUUAUUGGUUUUUUGGGUACUUUUUGAAAAUGUCAUGUCCUUGCAUCGGACUAAGGCGACGUUCAUAGGCCUGCUUGAGGCCUCCAGAGUUAACGAAUGGAUCGUCACUGAAAAAUUGGGGGAUGCUUUCAAAAUGCGAAUGGCUUCCAAGGGAUUCAAAAAACCUCGAAUCAGAAUCGGAGAAAGACUCCAUCUUCUAGAGCUAAUUGUUGGGAUCUAUCUGUUCGUAUGUGGAUGCUACGAUAUUGCCCUUGGGAAGAACCACUACUUCCUUUACCUCUUCCUCCAAUCCAUGGCUUUCUUCAUCGCAGGAUUCGGUUAUAUUGGAACGUUCAUCCCAAACAGCCCUUAAAUUAAAACAGGACCAUGACAACAAACAAGUGUGAACCAUUUUCCGAAGUAUGUGUUCUGAUUGUCCAAAGUCUUAAAUAGUUAGCUCUCACUCUUUCGUGUUGCAAGAAAUCGGGUGAUUCUUUUUCGCUAGGUUGGAGAAAACCAAGACUCAGCAGCCUCCUCAAUGGAAGCCGACAAAAAAAGAAAAGAAAAGCAGCUCCUCAAUGGAAAAUAGAAACCAUUGAUAGAAAAGAUGCUACAUAUUUUGUUUGUUAAGAGGAGAAGAAAGAAAGAAAUAGGAGAGGGGAAAUGCAAAAAUGGGUUAUUCCCCUUGUGUAACAUAGGAGUAAUUUAUUGUUUGUAAAUUGCAGUUCUUUGGAUUUUUGUGAGGAAUAAAAAGGUGGCAAAUUAUGGUGUCC